AUGGUGCUGGACUCGGGGGCUCAGGUGUAUGAGCAGCCGCCCCCCAGCCCACCAGCCAGGCGCUCAACCUCGGGCCGCAGGCCGACGCCCUCAGACCGAGAUGGGACGCCGCUGUACUCCUGGCCUCAGUCCCUGGCCUUGCCCCUGGCUCUGUCAGUCUCCUCGGCCCUGCGGCCCCGGCCUGAGCUGCAGUCCCUCUCAGAGCUGCGCUGGGGCCCCGGUGGCCCCAUGCGUCGCAGCGAGAGCACCUGCACCGUAAACAGUGCCGGCCAGCAGAGGGCUGGCACCCCGGGCCGGGCCCCGCCUGGACGCAGACGGGAUCCAGGCUGGGGCACCCUGCGGUCCGCAUCCUCCCUGCCUCACAUUGCUAAGACUCCGAAGUGUGGGGGCCAGGGCGCCAGCAAGAGCCCCUGCCUGCUGAUGGCCCUGCGGCCCACCAACAUGGACAGUGAGCGGGACAAGUUCUUCCAGUCCCGCUACACCUACAACCCGCAGUUCGAGUACCAGGAGCCCAUGCCCAUGGCCGUGCUGGAGAAGUACUGUGAGGCCUCUGGGCAGUUCAUCCGCCAGGCAGUUGGCAUCAUCGAGGCUGUCCUGGAGAAGUUCGGCACCUACGAGCACUUCGAGGCUGCGACGGGGGGCCAGCUGCUGACCAAGUGCCAGAUCUGGUCUAUUGUGCGCAAAUACAUGCAGAAGGAGGGCUGCGUUGGGGAGGUGGUGGUGCAGCUGAGUGAAGACCUGCUGUCCCAGGCAGUGAUGAUGGUGGAGAACAGCCGACCGACCUUGGCCAUCAACCUGACCGGAGCCCGCCAGUACUGGCUCGAGGGCAUGCUGCGGCACGAGAUAGGCACCCACUACCUGCGAGGCGUGAACAAUGCCCGGCAGCCCUGGCACAGCGCCGAGGGCCGGCUGCAGUACGGGCUGCGGCCGGCGAACCCCACGGAGGAGGGCCUGGCCAGCCUGCACAGCGUGCUGUUCCGCAAGCAGCCCUUCCUGUGGCGCGCCGCGCUGCUCUACUACACCAUCCACCGCGCGGCGCACCUGUCCUUCCGCCAGCUCUUCCAGGACCUGGCGCGCUACGUGCAGGACGCGGACGUGCGCUGGGAGUACUGCGUGCGCGCCAAACGCGGCCAGACCGACACCUCGCUGCCAGGAUGCUUCAGCAAGGACCAGGUGUACCUGGACGGCAUCGUGCGCAUCCUGCGGCACCGCCAGACCAUCGACUUCCCGCUGCUGACCUCGCUGGGCAAGGUGUCCUAUGAGGACGUGGAUCUCCUGCGGCCCCAUGGGGUGCUGAACAACGCGCGGGUGCCCCACUUCAUGCAGGACCUGGAGCGCUACCAGCAGCAGCUGGAGCACAUCAUGGCCACCAACCGGCUGGACGAGGAGGAGCUGGGCCGGCUGCUGCCUGACUGA